AUGUGCACUAAUCACCACUACAUAUACCACCAAUGUCGCCACCGGGAUAGCAAGCACGUGGUCUGCCAACACGUAGCCGACUCUGACAAUAGCUGUCUCUAUUCCUGCUUCGGCAGCGGCCGGUGCGAAGGUGUCCGCGACUGCUACCACGAACUGCGCAACUCCUGCGAGGCCUGCGAGAGCCGCAACGACCGGGCCCGCCACCGCGCCAAGCUCGCCACCCAGAACUACGGCUGGGCGGACGCGGCCGGUGGCAAGCGACCAAGGGACCGGGACUCGUACCUUGAACCCUCGCUAGGCCAGGCUCUCGUCGGCAUGCCUGGUAGCCAGUACGACGCCGUGCACGACCCUCGUCAUCGGCCCGCCCAGAAGCAAAAAGCCCCAGAUCGUGCCCAGGUCGCUCGUGCUCCGGCUCAAACUCCUGUUCAGACUCCUUACUACCAGCAGCACAACAACCACUCCGCCGUCCCCGCCUCCAAAACACAAGCAUCCAAAGGCCUGGCCCGCACAUCGCGCAACCUACCCCUCUUGCCGCUCCAGAACGCUAACCCGGGACACAAGCCGCAGUUCGUCCAGCCUGUGUGCCACUCGAUCCCGCAGCCCAUGUGCGCCAAGCCCAUGUUGUCCAAGGCCGGAAUGGUAGGGGAGCUGCAGCCGCAGUUGAGCCAGAUGCGGACGCAGCAAUAUAGUAUGCCGUACGCGCCCAAGAAGCCCGUCCGUAAGGACAGUAACGGUGUUUCUGAAUUUGGAAGCGACGACGGUGAAUCGCCUAGCUAG